AUGCGGUAAAUACAGGACAGGGAAAAGUAUUUUUUGAACAAACUAAUUGAUGUCCAGAACGAUGGAGUAAUCACUUUAAGUGCUAAUAGAUCCAGUUUUAAGUGAGUCCAACCACGAAUUCUUGCACUCAAGGUAUCUGGUUAUACAGUAACCCUAUAAUUAAUGAGCAAAACAAUCUACAAGUUUACUUUUAGACACAGAAGGUAGUGAAUAAGGAGUGA